GUCGGAAUUCGCAGCUAUCGAAUUAUAUUUGUUGUGCAUUAAAAAGUCAGAACAUAAAUAUGAUUGAAAUAACUUGCAAUGAUCGUUUGGGCAAAAAGGUGCGUGUGAAGUGCAACCCCGACGAUACAAUUGGCGACCUUAAAAAAUUAAUAGCGGCACAAACUGGCACGAAACAUGAGAAGAUCGUGCUGAAAAAGUGGUAUACUAUCUACAAGGAUCCCAUUCGUCUAUCAGAUUAUGAAAUUCACGACGGCAUGAAUCUGGAGCUCUACUACCAAUAGCUUGUGUGCCAAAGCAGCUAUUGUACCUACAUGAACAGUUUUUUAUAUUCUGUGCUAUUACAACAAAAAACAAUUCAUUAAUUAUAAACAACGUUUUUACU